UUGUAGCUGUACAAUUCCUUCAGAGUAAACUUUCACUCUACACAUUUAUCUCAUUCAAUUUUGUUGUCAUAGUUCCAGCCACCUGUAAAAGAAAUGUGCUCUGCCUGUCUGACACCAGUAUACCCCAUGGAAAAAAUGGUUGCAGAUAAACUGAUUCUUCACCACGGGUGUUUUUGCUGUAAGCAUUGUAAGAAGAAACUGAGCCUUCACAAUUACUCAGCUCUUUAUGGAGAGUUCUACUGCAUGCCUCAUUAUCAGCAGCUAUUCAAACGGAAGGGCAAUUAUGAUGAGGGAUUUGGGCACAAGCAACACAAAGACCACUGGGUUCAGAAGACAGAGGAGCCCAAAACCGAUGCCAAGAUCCAUUUAGCACCAAAAAAUGAGGUUGAUUCUGUUGAUGGCUCUUUAGAGUCACCUGCUUGUGUUUCAGUUAAAUCCCAAGCACAUAAAGAGAAACCAACACAAAGUACCUCUGUUUCAAGGAAUAAGUUAAGAAUUAGUUGGCCACCAGAAGACAAGGGGACCAAGAUUAGCUCUGCAUUACAAAUCAAUUCCUCAUUAACAAGGCAAAAGAGAAAUGAAAAAGGUUAUGAAAAUUCUUCAUUCAGUAAAGCAAGUGUGCACAACGAUAUCAAGUCUGAUAAAAAGUCUGAUCAGGACAUUACCAGUAAAAUUCUCAAAUCACCACCUGCAGCACUAGAGAAGACAAGGCCUACCCCCAGUCUUCACAGCAGAACCGAACAGAUUAAACCAGCAGAGUCAGACACCAUUGACCGUGUUCAUUCAGGUUCUCCUCAUUCAAAACCAUCAACAAAAUUUGGAGAUUUCUCCUCCCCCCAUGAUAGAGCUGCCUCAUCUUCAAAAAGUGCUGUUGUAACAAGACAAGUAGCAUAUUAUGAUCAGUUAAGCCCACAUUCUGUUCCAAAACACAGCCUAGUUAAAAGUGGGAAAUCCAAAAGCACAGUGAAAAUGAAAAAAAGCGUACGUUUUGCUGCAGAGCUACAUACAGAGCCUGCAAUGGAGCCAAGUUUGGAUAAUAAGGCUGAAAAUGAUGUAAUGGCUUCUGAAGGGACGGAUGUUAAUCUCAAUGGAGAGUUAUCAGUAAAUAGAGUGUGUACAGAUAUCAACUAUGAUAAAGGCACUGUGGAUACCACUGAGAGUGGAUCAUCAGAAAAAGGACAGAACAGGAAAAAUACACAACAAACCAAAUCAGAGACAACUGGUCAGGAAUGUGAGAAGAAGCAAAAGUGCUUCUCAGAAGAAGGGCAGGAUUUGAAGGCUGCUCUGGAGUCACACCCUGAGACAUCUUCAUCUUUAGAGGUACCUAACUGUGAGAACAUGACCAACAUCCCUGAAGACCUAAUAAAAGAGUUCUGUUGA